GAGGAAGAGGGAGGAUUACAUAUCACAUCUGCUUCAUUACCCAAUUCUGUAUAUCUGCUUUCCACCUUUGAAAUUGAAAGCACCUUCUCCCUUCUCUCUCUAUUCUCUUCACUGCUGCUGCAAAGAAGCUGGGAAUUCGAAAAAUGUGGAGGCUAAAGAUUAAAGACGGAGCAGGCAACCCUUACUUAUUCAGCACAAACAACUUCGCCGGGAGACAGACAUGGGAAUAUGAUCCUGACGCUGGCACUCCUGAAGAGAUCGCAGAGGUUGAACAAGCUCGCCUUAACUUCUACAAUAACCGUUACAGAGUCAAGUGCUGCUCCAACCUCCUUUGGCAAUUUCAGGCUCUCAGAGAGAAGAAUUUCAAACAAAGUAUACCAGCAGUAAAUUAUAUAGAGACAGGGGAAGAAAUAACGCAUGAGAAGACCACAGCAGCAAUAAGAAGGUCUGCUCACUUCUUAUCAGCUUUGCAGGCAAGCGAUGGCCAUUGGCCUGCUGAGAAUGCCGGCGUUCUUUAUUUCACUCCUCCCUUUGUGUUCUGUCUCUACAUAACUGGUCAUCUCGAUACUUUUUUUCACGCCGAGUAUCGAAGAGAAAUUCUUCGUUACCUGUACACUCAUCAGAAUGAAGAUGGAGGAUGGGGCAUAGACAUAGAGAGCCACAGCUGCAUGAUCUGCACUGUUAUGAGCUAUGUCUGCAUGCGGAUGCUUGGUGAAGCACCUGAUGGCGGUCAAGACGAUGCCUGUCCCCGAGCUAGAAAAUGGAUCCUUGACCAUGGGGGUGCCACUCAUAUUUCUUCCUGGGGAAAGACUUGGCUUUCGAUACUUGGUCUAUAUGACUGGUCUGGAUGCAACCCAAUGCCCCCUGAGUUUUGGGUAUUUCCUUCUUUUGUUCCUAUUCAUCCAACAAAAAUGUGGUGCUAUUGUCGGAUGGUAUACAUGCCCAUGUCAUAUUUAUAUGGGAAAAGGUUCGUUGCUGCUCCUACUCCUCUCAUUCUGCAAUUGCGAGAGGAAAUCUUCCUGCAGCCUUACCAUACCAUUAACUGGACAAGUGUCCGCCAUCUCUGUGCCAAGGAGGAUCUCUACUAUCCCCAUUCUCGGAUCCAAAAUUUUAUGUGGGACAGUCUGUAUAUAGCUUCAGAGCCAAUUCUGACGAGGUGGCCCUUCAAUAAGUUAAUAAGAGAAAAGGCUCUUCAAGCCACAAUACAACUCAUCCAUUAUGAAGAUGAAAACAGCAGAUAUAUUACAAUUGGAUGUGUAGAGAAGGCAUUAUGCAUGCUUGCUUGCUGGGUCGAAGAUCCUGAUGGUAUUUGUUUCAAGAAACAUCUUGCCAGGGUCCCUGAUUACUUGUGGCUUGCUGAAGAUGGCUUGAAAGUUUCGGGUUUCGGCAGUCAGGCUUGGGAUGCUAAUUUCACCUUUCAAGCUUUAUAUCUCAGCAAUCUGGGCGAUGAAAUCAUGCCAGCACUGGCCAAAGCAUAUGAUUUCAUCAAGCAAACUCAGAUGAAGGACAAUCCUGCAGGCGACUUUAGAACAAUGUUUCGCCAUAUUUCAAAAGGGGGAUGGCCUUUCUCUGAUCAAGAUCAUGGCUGGCAAGUUUCUGAUUGCACAGCAGAAGGCUUGAAGUGUCUUCUAUAUGCCACGCAGUUGCCUACAGAAAAGAUCGGCGAGAAAGCAGAGCCUGAACGUUUGUAUGAUGCUGUCAAUGUCAUACUUUCCCUACAGGGUAAAAACGGUGGUUUAUCAGCCUGGGAGCCGGUGCGAGGUUCAAUGUGGUUAGAAAAACUGAAUCCCAUGGAGUUUUUGGAGAACAUCGUGAUUGAACAUCAAUACGUGGAAUGCACAUCAUCUGGAAUAGAAACAUUAGCAAUGUUUAAAAAGAUGUACCCGGGCCACAGAAGCAAAGAAAUAGACAACUUCAUUAAGAAUGGUGCCGGAUAUAUUGAAGAAAUUCAGGAAGAGGACGGUUCUUGGUACGGAAACUGGGGGAUUUGCUUCAUUUACGGGACAUGGUUUGCGCUUGUUGGACUUUCAGCUGCUGGAAGAAGUUACAGUGAAUGUCCGGCUGUGCGGAAGGGGGUUGAUUUUCUACUUAAGAAUCAGUGCGAUGAUGGGGGUUGGGGAGAGAGCCAUCUUUCGUGUCCAAAUAAGAUAUAUACACCCCUGAAAGAUGGUCGAUCCAACUUGGUGCACACAGCCUGGGCAAUGUUGGGCUUAAUACAAUCUGGACAGACAAAGAGAGACCCAACUCCUAUCCACCGGGGUGCAAGGGUGCUGAUUAAUUCUCAACAGGAAGAUGGCAGCUUCCCUCAGCAGGAAAUAACGGGGGCAUUCAAGAACAACAACAUGUUACACUAUCCAAUAUACAAGGACUGUUUCCCUUUGUGGGCCCUGGCAGAGUACCGGAAACACUGUCUAUAGCCGGCCCAUAAGAAGAGAAUCUAAAUGCCCAUAGCAUCUUCUUUUCUUAAAUUCAAAACCCAGCUUUUUUAUUAUUAUUUAGAAAAAGAAAAAGAAAAGAAAAGUAUGAUGUUUUGUUUUUGUUGUUCAUUCCUGCUGACAGCUUAUGAAAUAUGUGGUCAAAUGUAAUUCUAUAAAAUGGUGCUUCCCUUUCAACCAAAAAUGAGGGAAUCAGUAUUACCA